AUGGAGACGAUAUGGCUUUAUCAGUUUCGCCUGAUCGUCAUCGGAGACUCCACAGUCGGCAAGUCGUGUCUGAUCCGCAGGUUCACAGAGGGCCGCUUCGCCCAGGUGUCAGACCCCACUGUGGGGGUGGACUUCUUCUCCCGGCUGGUGGAGAUCGAGCCGGGCAAAAGGAUCAAACUUCAGAUUUGGGACACCGCAGGACAGGAGAGGUUCAGGUCUAUCACCAGAGCCUACUACCGCAAUUCAGUGGGUGGUCUCUUGCUCUUUGACAUCACAAACCGCAGAUCCUUCCAAAAUGUCCACAGCUGGCUGGAGGAGGCUCAGAGCCACGUGCAGCCUCACAGCAUCGUCUUCCUGCUGGUGGGUCACAAGUGUGACCUGGAGGCCCAGCGUCAGGUCACCCGGCAGGAGGCGGAGAAGCUGGCAGCCGCCUUCGGGCUGUGCUACGUGGAGACGUCAGCGCGGGACGCCAUCAACGUGGAGAAGGCCUUCGUGGAUCUGACGAGGGACAUCUUUGACCUGGUGCGGAGCGGGGACAUCAAGAUCCAGGACGGCUGGGAGGGCGUCAAGAGCGGCUUCGUUCCCAACACCGUCCACUCGUCUGAGGAGGUCACCAAAGGCAGCCGGCAGUGCCUCUGCUGA